CUCUAGCUGUACUAUUGCCAUACUCUAGCCGUACCCUAGCCGUACUCUAGCCGUACUCUAGCCGCUCCUAACACUUACCAGUAGCUGUGCUAUAACUUUCUUUCUUCCCCUUGCAACGGUCCGUACGGUGCGGGAAGUUUAGCGGAUACGCAUCACUGGCAUGAGCGUACAUCCUCUAGCAACUGCCACUGCGGAUCAGGCGUCUGUCGGUACUAAAGAGCACAUGCUGUACUCCCCCUCUACUGCACCGCCGCCCGCCUCCUCCAGCAAGGUACGCGUAUCAGAGUCCCUUCUGAUUUUCGUCGUUCGUUCCUCUGUCCACGUUUAAAAUGUUUCGGUUCCCGCCGAUAACGACAGACGAGACAGACACAAGACUCACCUCGCCGACUCUUUCCCGAUAUAGCAGAUAUAUAGCUACUGUAAAAAAGAGAGGUGCACAGGCACUAUAUUAGAGUAUUUCUUAAACAUUCGAGCUGCAUGCUGAGAUCAUGUAAAACUAGUCGCGCCUUAAAUAAGUCAAAGUCUUUGUCAAACCCGUUGAGAAGAUGGCGGCUCUGGCCUUUUUUGCGUCGGUUACCAGGGCGACUACUUGGCAUCAACACAACCCAACUUUAUUCACUGAUAACCACCUCCGCGACCGCUCCCAUGGAGUCAGCGUAAGCUACCAGCACCAGUGACACGCGCAAAUCCACAGCAAAAGGGCGAAAGACAUUUGUAUUCCCGAUAGGCCGGCACUCGGAGGAUGGCGCAACCCCUCUCCGCGAAGUCCAACACCGCAAUGAACACGUCGACAUCACCGCUCAAACAGCACAUGUCAACAAAUAUGUACCAAGACCCUGAGGCGGACCUGUCCGAAGGGCCACCCAGCUCGCCCUUCAUGACAAACGGCAACCAGUCCGAAAACAUCCCACCCGCGAAGCAGGAGGCCUCAUCGCCGUCGCCGACGCCCGCGAAUCGCAAUAGCGUGGUGUCUCCCCUGAAGAUGCUCAAGAUCCGCUCGAUCCAGUCAGACGCAAGCACACCAUCCCAAAGGAGUCCGCGCAAGAUCUCCUCGCCAGACCGCCGCUUCCCCGUCAAGAUCGCGCUCUCGCCCACACAAGAAACGAAACCCCAACCCCAGCCUCAACCUGCGCCUAGGCAAAUCCAGGAGACGACCCUGACCAUCAACGACGUGCUGCGCGACAACGAGGGCCUCACGAAAGCGAUCCAGAUACUCGAGGACGAAGACAGCGGCGACGGCACGGGCGACGACUACGCCGAUGCCGAAUCCGGCUUCGAUGAUACGGUCCUGACGCGCAAUGGCGGCGACGACGAGGGAUUUGCGGACGAAACUGCAUUCAGCGCCUUCUCCGCCGUCCCCGACAUGACGACGUACGCACAAAUCGGGCACACGCCCACCAAAUCGCUCUCCUCGCGCGCGCCCCCCAACCUGGCCUCCUACACGCCCGCAACGCUCCGUCGACCAAUGCUCCAGGAGGAAUCCUCGCCGACGCCGCGCCGCGAGCAGCACGACACUACGAAUAUCAUCGAUUUCACCGAGCAGUUCAACAACUUCAGCAGCGCGCGCCACAGCUACGAGUCCCCUUUGAGGAAUCAAACCUCCUACACAAGCAGCAGCGCGCGCACACCCUCCCCCAGCAAACACCGCAGCUUCCAAGUCCCCUCCUCAACACGCAUGUCGAACCUCCUCGACUUCGACAUCCCCCCCGCCCCGACCCCGCGGAGCAUGCCCUCCGUCACCCCCCGCGAGGUAGAAGGUCUGAAAUCCGCCCUGCUCUCCGAGAUAAGCAGUCUGAAAGCCUCGCUAAGCGGGAAGGAAGCCGAAGUCGUCUUUCUGAAAUCGGCGAUCGGCGACGCGGAGAAGCGCGCAGGCGACGGGAUGGAGAUGCUCCGCGACGAGCGCGCGGCGCGCGAGCAGCUGGAGGCGGAGAAGGAGGCGUGGGAGAAGAGGGGACGGGAGAUGGAGGGCGUGCUGCGCAAUGUGAAGGAGGAGAUUGUGCAUGCGGAGCGGGAGCGCGAGGAUCUGGAGGGGCGGCUGGAUGAGAGUGAGAAGCGGCGUGAGGCGGCGGAGGGAAUGGCGCAGGAGGCGGAGUCGAAGAUGGCUGGUAUGCGCGCUGUGGCUGCGCAGAGCGCGGCGGGGCCGGGGUCGCCGGGGGAGGGGGCGGCGAGGAGGGCGGCGGGGGCGAGCGCGGCGCAUGAGGUGGAAUUUGCGGUCGAGAAGGUGGCGAGGGAGUUGCAUGCGCUGUAUAAGAGUAAGCAUGAGACCAAGGUGGCGGCGCUGAAGAAGAGUUAUGAGGGACGAUGGGAUAGGAGGGUUAAGGAGCUCGAAGCUAAGGUUGAGGACCUUGGCCACGAGAAUGAUCAUCUUAGACUUGGGCGCGACGCUACGAUGAGCGGUGUCGUGCCGCGCAUGCCUGUGAACGACGUCACGGAGGAGCUGCGCGCGCAGGCGGCGAUGGAUGCGCAGAUUGCGAAGGAGCUGGAGGCGCGGCUUGAGGGGUUGGCGCAGGAGGUGCAGAGUUUCAAGGCUGAUAACGCGGGGUUGCGCGAGGAGCUGCAGCAGGAGAGGAUUGAGAAGGGGGAGCUGGUCGCGGCGUGUGAUGAGCUGCUUGCGUUGCAGGAAGCGAGUGCGUCGGUGAGGGGGCCGGCGGUGAACAGUGGGGUGGAGAAUUUGCGGGGGAGUAUUUCAAGGGCGUCGGGGCUGAGGGCGCCGAAUUAUAGUGCGGGGGCGGCGGGGGAGGGGAAGAUUAGACCCCCCGGCGGUGGUGCUGGGGCGGGGGAUAGGGCGAGGAGUGGGAGUGGGCAGGCGAGGCCGGGGAGUGGGUUGGGGGGGAGGAGUGGGAUUAUGGGGUCGAUUGAACGGAUGGGGAGUUAUAAGGGACGGGAUUAA